CCAAAUUUUUAGUAAAACCGCCGAGUAGUUUGGAAUAACAGGAAAAGGAUAAGGGUAAAUAAGUAAUUUAGAAAGGCCCUGACGUUCCAUUAAGUCCGCCCACCCUUUAAAAGACCAGAAAAGCGGGAGACGCUGGUAAUAAAGGUACGUUUUAGUCAGAUGGGAGGGACUGUGAGGGACAGAGAAAGUGAGUGACUUAGUCUGUGAGCGAAAGAGAGAAGGGAGAAACGGGGUCGUUUUGAGAUGUGGUGAGACGGUGAGUGGUAGUAGAUAUUGUUUGGACACCGAGAAACUGAGAAAUUUUGUGUUUGUUUUUGUUUAAGAUGACGACGGGGAUGGUUCAAGAUCAACAUCUGGAGAAGCAGAUGGGUUGCAUGGCUGGGUUCCUUCAGAUCUUCGACCGUAACCAGAUUCUUGCUGGGAAGAGACUUUACUCCACCAAACGCCUCCCUCCUUCUGUGUCCGUGGAUUCAUCGUCGGAAUCUGAGAAGACGAUUGGAUCCCCGGUGGUGCCGAGAGAAUUGGAAAAACAUAAGAAUACCAGAUCAACGCCAUCGCCGGACCGGUCGAAGCCUACUACUGUGGUUACGGAGCUUCCGUCCCCGGCACCGGAGAACAGUCCUCCGUUUAAAGAAAAUCCACCUAAGUCUCCUCUUCCUCUUCCAGCAUUCGAAUUCAAGGAAGGUACUAGAACGGCAUGGAAGUUCUCCAGAGAAGCUCCAAGGCUUUCUUUGGAUAGCAGAGCUACGGUUGACGCGAAGGGAAGCCUCUACCCGAGGGAGAUCAAAACAAACGCUUCGAUUUUGAACGCUAACCGAAGCACAAAUCAUAAUAAUGGAGAAGACGACGACAGUGAUAAGAAUCGCCGAUCACCAAGCGUCAUAGCUCGAUUGAUGGGACUCGAACCCUUGCAACAUUCAGUAGCCGAACCGGUCAAGAAAGCUGAACUGCGAAGAUCUGCGUCGGAGUCUCGAGUGUCCAAAGAUCUGUAUCAGCAUCGCUUUGUCGACGGGAACGCUUUUCAGGUAAAGCAGUCACAACAAGCUACUUUCAGCGUUUCCAGCAACGUAAUCAGAGAUAAUGGCGGAAACGAAGAUCGAAGUUGCAAUGUGAGACCAGGGGAUCCAAAAACUUAUGUGAAAUAUCACGAGGCAACGAAAGCUCAUCAUCAGCAUAAAGGUAUUGGACAGAGGAAAAGCUAUUUUGACUCGGCAGAUUUCUUUCCUGAGCCUAAACAAACAGCGUCUCUUUAUUAUGGCGAGAUCGAGAAGAGGUUAAGAAUGAGAGGAAUCGAUGAACCAGCUAAGGAUUUGGAAACUCUGAAGCAAAUCCUCGAAGCUCUGCAACUCAAAGGUCUGCUUCAUCCCAAGAAGCCUUCGAACCAUAUCGAUUACAGAAACUUUGUCUACGAUCAGAGUUUCUCAAACGAAUCUCCUAUUGUUGUUAUGAAGCCAGCGAGAUCACAAUCUCCGACGAGUCGCUCAUCAAGAUUUGGGGGAAACGAGUCGCCACCGCCGUCAAGUUUUCGUUCAAGACCGGGUAUGCGCCGGAGUCUCAAUUACACCGGCGAUUCGUUGUCAAGUCCGAGACGUGAGCAACGGGGAGAAAUGGAACAGAGCACCCGGAAUCGCAGCCCAAAUAGAAGUCAUGGCCCAUCUUCUCGGAAUGAGAAGAGCCCAAGUAGAAGAAGACCGUUGAGCAUUGAUACACAAAGGAAAGGAAACGAUAUUACGGAGCAAAGAAGAGUGUCUCCGGUUCAAUCUCCAAGGCUUAAUUCAAGGAGAAUCGGGUCGGAUCAACAGAACCCGAAUCGGUCACCGAGGAAUCGUAAACCAACGGUGGAGAUCCAACGAAAGGAGGACGAAUCGUCCACCACCAUGUCAGAGAGUAGCAUUAGCACUUCCACCUAUACAGAGAGAGCGAAAAUGGAGGAAUACAAAGAAGGGAGGACUUUGUUGGAGAGGUGUGAUAAGCUGCUUCACAGCAUAGCUGAAAUCACUACAUCCACAGCCGAGUUACAACCGAGUCCAGUGUCGGUUCUUGACUCGUCGUUUUACAAGGACGAAUCGUCCACUUCCCCUAUCAUGAAACGAAGCAUUGAUUUCAAAGAUCAACCAUUAGAGCUAGAAGAGGAUAUUUGGGGAUCGGCGAUCUCAUGGCCCUUCGAUUCCAAGUUCAAUGACGGUGAAGCUGAGGACUGUGAUCUGGUCUACAUUUCAGAGGUUCUACGAGUUUCGAAUUUCAUACAGGAAGACUCAGAUGUUUUCCUAUUGCUGGAGAAGAAUCUUUAUCGAAAUACCUCGAAAAUCUCCAGACUCCAACGACGGCUGAUCUUCGACACCAUAAGCGAGAUUAUGAACCGAAAUCGGCAGUUGCCUCCGUGGAAGAUCGUAACUCCUGUGAAUUCUCCGUCGGGCCAAGCGUCGCUGAGGGACAUUUGGUCUGAAUUUAGGAAAAUCCGAGAGAGACAGGAGUCGGAGGAUUUGUUCGAGGUGAUCUGUGGAGUUUUGAAGAAGGAUUUGGCGGGAGACACCGUUCAUGGAUGGGGCGAUUCCCCGAUUGAAGUCUCCGAAGCCGUUUUGGACAUCGAACGGCUGAUAUUCAAGGAUCUAAUCGGUGAAACUAUCAGAGAUCUAGCUUCAUUUUCUGCCUCGAGUUAUUAUCAAUCCUCGUCGUUGUGUAGGAAGUUGGUGUUUUGAAAAUGAGGGUUUUAAAAAAAUUAAGAGAGUAAUUUUCGCGCUUUUUUUUUCCUACUUUCUAAUUUGUUAGAUUAGAUAUUUGGAAAUCGUUCGUGUACGUUUGUGAAAUUAGUCCAAUUUUAGUUAUGACCUUUGAAAUUUGUAAAAAGAGAACAAAAAAAUAAUUUAGUGUUUAAUUAUAUGUUUGGUGAUGGUCCACCAUCAUUAAAAACAGAAAAAUGUUUGGAAGAAAA